AGGUCACAGAUCAAUAGUAUGAAUUCGUGGCCUAGGUCACAGAUCAAUAGUAUGAAUUCGUGGCCUAGGUCACAGAUCAAUAGUAUGAAUUCGUGGCCUAGGUCACAGAUCAAUAGUAUGAAUUCGUGGCCUAGGUCACAGAUCAAUAGUAUGAAUUCGUGGCCUAGGUCACAGAUCAAUAGUAUGAAUUCGAAGAGAAAAUUUGUUCAAAACAUUUGUCAUUUAAAGUUA